AUGCCUACCAAAUGGGACGAGAAGGCAAUGGCGUGUCUCUGCACUGCCAUCAUGGGUGUCCUGAGCACCGAGAGUCUGAGCCAGAAGCACAAGGACAAGGUCGUGUCCCUGAUAAAAUCAGGCGGCUAUCCGGACGUCACCUGGAACGGAAUCCGCUGGUCAACGACGACCUCGCGCGAUACAUCAAUCAUGCCGCGAUUCGAGGACAUCAAGGCUGACCUCAUGGAGGCCUUCUUCUACCUCAACCCGCCCACCAAGGAUCAGCAGGUCCUGAUUGUCGACUUCCUGAGGAAGAGAGCCCUUCCCACAUCUCUCUUCUCCCCUCUCGAGGCCAAGAUGCCUAAGUCCGGAACCUUCCAGCAGGACUGGGCUGCGCCCGGAAUCCACGAGGACAUGCUCCGGGCUCUCGUGGCUCGGGGCGUACUCACAUCGGAUAAUGUGAACGCGCUCGUGGAGGAGAUGCACACGUACGGAUACCGGUUCACCAAGCGAGCCCUAAAGUAA